UGUCGGAGACGACGGCGACGCCGCCGCAGCAGCGGAAGACGAAGCCCAAGCCGCCGAUGUCCCGCCUCAUGCGGCUCUCCCUCAGGGCCGUCGACUGGGCCACCGACGCCACGCGCCGCGCCGACGGCACGCUCAACCGCCUCGCGCUCGCCGUGCUCGACCCGCGCGUCCCGGCCUUCUCCUCCCCGUGCCGCGGCGUCGCCUCCCGCGACCUCGUGCUCGUCCCGGAGACCCGCCUCCGCGCGCGCCUCUUCUACCCCGCCGCGGGGGACGACGGCGACCGCCCUCUCCCUGUCAUCGUCUUCUUCCACGGCGGCGGGUUCGCGUUCCUCUCCGCGGCGUCCGCGGCGUACGACGCGGCGUGCCGGCGGAUCGCGAGGUACGCGUCGGCGGCCGUGCUGUCCGUCGACUACCGCCGCGCGCCCGAGCACCGCUGCCCGGCGGCCUACGACGACGGGUUCUCCGCGCUGCGCUACCUCGACGACCCCAAGGACCACAGCCCGGGCAGCGGCGUCGUCCGCAUCGACGCCGCGCGCUGCUACCUCGCCGGCGACAGCGCGGGGGGAAACAUCGCUCACCACGUCGCCCGCCGCUACGCCGCGGAGGCGCCCGCAUUCAGGAACGUCCGCGUCGCCGGCCUGAUCGCCAUCCAGCCCUUCUUCGGCGGCGAGGAGAGGACGGACUCGGAGCUCCGCCUCGACGGCGCGCCCAUCGUGACCGUAUCCCGCACCGACUGGAUGUGGCGCGCAUUCCUCCCCCAGGGCUGCGACCGCACCCACGAGGCGGCCGACUGCACCGCCCCGGCCGCCGCCUCCGGCGUCGACUCCCCGUGCUUCCCGCCGGUGCUCCUCGCCAUCGGCGGCUACGACCCGCUCCAAGACUGGCAGAGGCGGUACGCCGAGAUGCUGAAGAGCAAGGGCAAGGACGUGAGGGUGCUCGAGUACCCCGACGCCAUCCACGCCUUCUACGUCUUCCCGGCGUUCGACGACGGCCGCGACCUCAUGAUACGCAUCGCCGAGUUCGUCGCCGAGAGCGCCGCCGCCGGCAGCGAGUGACCGGAAGCGAGGUGUUCGACCGGUGUCACCGUCGACAUGGCGUGCGUGGCGGUGGCGCCGGCUUGUUUGGUUUGGGAUAUAAUGGCGUGUGCGUGCGUGUGUCUGAAUGAUCAGCAGUGUGCAGUGUAUAGUGUUUUUAUGAUGUAAUUAAUUAUUUUCGAGGCUUAGGUGUGGUUGCGUGUUUGAAUUAGUAGUUAAGAAAUAGCAAAAUGUGUCUGGUACAUUAUAUUAGUAUUACUUUUGGUAUGUUUGGUGUGAGAUGAAUGAGUAGUGUUAAUUAAGCUAGUGAUUUCGUGAUGGAUGAUGAAUACGGGUGAUGUGGAUUGAUUGAUGUGCGA